UUUAUAUUUUAUUAUUACAUUUCAUUAGUCUGUGUCUUGUUAUCGUCGCGUUCGCACGUUAUUGUGUUAUACACAAACACAAUUUUGAAUAUAAUUCAAUAUAAUUUUAUUAUUUUGUAAGUAAUUUAAAAAUUCAAAUAAACAAAUAUGACUGUUCGUCCAACACAUAGUGGAUGGGAUGUUAAUUAUAUACGGCACAAAGAAGAAGCAAAAGGUAAACAAUUAGCAAAAUAUUUACUUUGUUCAAAAAUAUUGUCCAAUACGAGUAAAUCACGUUUACUGAUGCACCGUAAUACUUGCAAUACUUCAAAAUUAUUCAAAAUAGUUACAACAGGAAUUAAAAAAUCUACUCAUUCUACUGCUACUAAGAUUAUCCGUAAUGAAGAACCGCCAGUAUUAAAAAUAAUGGGUAGAGCAUCUUCUCCUAUCUUACCAGUAGCGUCAAGUUCAACAUCUGAAACUCAAACUCAAGAUGGUACCGAUUCAAAAGAGUGGAAAAUGAAAACAGCAAACAAAAAGAUAUUUUAAAUUUUUAUAAUUUAUAAUUUAUAUAUUAUACAUAAUUUUUA